CUGUGACGAUGUUGGCAGGGGGCGGAGCUUAAGCGGCGCGUCCACAGGAAGAUGGCGCUCCCCACGGGUCCGGACCGGCAGCAGCUGAAGUCUGACAGCGACGAGCAGCUGCACCUGAACCAUGACCAGACCGAGCUCGGCGGGCUGGAUCUGCCGCAGGAGCCGGACAGUGAGGGCAUCCCGCUGCAUUCUCCCUGGACCUUCUGGCUGGACAGGUCUCUCCCCGGAACAACUGCAGCAGAAUGUGAAUCUAACCUGAAGAAAAUCUACACGGUGCAGACAAUACAGCGUUUCUGGAGUGUGUAUAACAAUAUCCCUCCAGUGACAAACCUACCUCUAAGAUGUAGCUACCACUUAAUGAGGGGCGAGAGGAAACCACUAUGGGAAGAAGAAAGUAAUGCUAAAGGAGGAGUAUGGAAGAUGAAGAUCCCAAAAGACAGCACGGCCCUCGUUUGGAAAGAAUUAUUGCUAGCUACCAUUGGCGAACAGUUUACGGAUCGCUGUUCUGCAGAGGACGAAGUGAUUGGGGUCAGUGUGAGUGUACGUGACCGGGAAGACGUCUUCCAGGUCUGGAAUGGAAACGCCUCCGUUGUCGGCGAAGCAUCAGUCCUAGAAAAAAUCUACGAACUUCUGCCAAACACGUCUUUUAAAGCUGUAUUUUAUAAACCCCAUGAAGAGCAUCACGCGUUUGAAGGUGGACGUUCAAGACACUAGCGGAGGUCCCACCAUAUAAUUUUUUUUUCCCCAUUUCCCCCUGUACCUUCCGGAUGGUUCUUACCAUAUGCAGUGUUGCUGGGCCCAACCAGUGCUCAGUGAGGGUUAAUAUCUGAACAGGACGAAGGCCGGGCACAGGAUUCUUCAUUUUUGCUGAACUUUAUAAUUAUAAUUUUUUUUUUUUUUUACAGCUUAAUUGGAAAUUUAGAACAAACUUUGUUUCCUAUUUUUUUUUUCCCCCCCGUUCUGUGCGCAUUGAACUGUAUGAUGGCUUCGCUGCUCAGAGAUCAAACAUGGCUGCCCAAUACUAGUCUGAGGUAAAGGUGUGAAGUGUCUCAGGGCGAAUUCUGUAACGUUCGGGUAGCCGUCUGUCCUCAGUGGCUGCUCUGGAUUUUUUUUUUUUUUUUUUUCCCCCCUCGUUAACUCCCUGAUAUGUCUGAACCAUGACGAAUGGCUACAUCUUAUAGAGCGCCGGUUCUCCCGUUUGCUCUGCACGGUUUUAUACUCGCCGCCAACCCCAUGGCACUUUGCAGUAAUAUACUGAAGCAAGUGGAUCAUGAUAAUGCAGGUGUUGGUAUCCCUGAAUCUUUUCAGUUAUAUAUGCAAUUAUUGAGACCCCCUUCCUUGUAGCACAUUCCUAUCCAGGACCCCCAGGUAGGUCCCUGCACUGUACGGCGCACGGAGAGGUGGUCUAAGCCUUGCAACGAUUCCUAAAUUGCUGGAAUCUGUGACUUGCUGCAUCGUUGCAAGACCUUCGGUGUGCCGAGCCGCCAUGUAUUGGAGAGGGACGUCUGAGGUGCGUUGUCUUUCCUGCCUCCAUCUUUUUAUAGAGACUUUGCUGAAAAAAACGUAGAUUUUUAGCCUUACGGAUCUCAUUUUUCAAUUAACCCAUUAUUUUUUUUUUUUAUAUGAAGAUGGUUAUGGGGGGGAGGCGUAUACCUAGUACCACCUCUUCCAUUUUAUCUUUUGUAGAGUUCGGGUUAAGGCUUCUUUCACACGGGUGUGUGCGCCCCGUUGCUGUGUUGCGGAUCUGCAACACACGGGCGCCGUUCCGUGGGCAUUCCGCAUCACGGAUGCGCACCCAUUCACUUCAAUGGGUCCGGAGAUUCGGAACGGAAGCACCAUGGAGUGCUUCCGUAGGGUUUCGUCCCGUACUUCCGUUCCGCAAAAGAUGGAACAUGUCCUAUCUUUGCGGAACGGCUGCCCCACGGACUGUGCUCGUGCAUUCCGGCCCGCAGCACGACCAAUGGGCGCACACGCUCGUGUAAAAGAGGACAGGCUUGUUCUGUGUUUGAAACACUAGAUCAGGGGGUCGGCAACCUCUGGCACUCCAGCUGUUGUGAAACUACAACUCCCAGCAUACACUGUUCACAAUAUAUGGGAGUUCUAAGAACAGAUGUGUCUGCUGGGAGUUGUAGUUUUACAACAGCCAGAGGCUGCUGAUCCCUGCACUAGAUUAUAGGCCAAUCUAAAUCAUCGUUGUUACUGUUCCAUCUGGUGGAGAUUCAGGCUUUUAUUUUAAUCUCGUGGAACCAAAGAUGUCGACUUUUCUGAUUUCAAGUGAAUGUCCACCAGGUUUCAGAUUAAAACUUCAGCACCAAUUAAUUUCUUUACAUCUUUAUAGCAGCCAGUAGUUUUUAGUUUUUUUUUUUUCUUGCCUAGAAAGCCAUUUUCCCUGCAUACCCUCUUGAGUU